CCAGUAGUCUCUAGUCAUCAAUUCAAUCGCGUUACCACGACUGGAUCAUCACACAAAGUGACGUCAUUCUUUCUCUCUCUUUCAAUCAACGUUCAUCCUUCGUCAGGAUGAAGACGGAGAUCCUUUUGUUUUUGAUUUGUCUCGGAGCUGUUACCGCUUUGACGAGGAAACAAGAAGCCGCCGAACAGAGUCGCCGAAAGACCGCUUUGCCGACUACGGCGAAGAAGCAGCAGCCGACCGCAGAGGAGGAAUACGAGGACGAUGAUGAGCUCCUGGAUCAGUGUCCUGAGCCCAAUGGUUAUUUUCCUGACGCGGAACAAUGCGACAAGUAUUACGACUGUCGAGACAAUAAAAUAACGGAAAAACUCUGCCCCGACGGCCUUGUCUUCAAUGACUUCAGCCCGCAACACGAGAAGUGCGACCUGCCUUUCGGUAUUGAUUGCACGAAGAGACCUAAACUACAAAAGCCACAACCAUCGCCACACUGUCCUCGCAUGCACGGCUACUUCGCUCACGAAGACGCCAGGAACUGCAACACCUUCUAUUACUGCGUGGAGGGCAAGUACAACAUGAUCACUUGUCCGGACGGUCUUGUCUUUUCGGAGAAGACCGGUAUCUGCAACUGGCCGGACGAGGCGCAGAAGAAGGGUUGCGGUUCACGCGAGCUCUUCAACUUCACCUGCCCGAAGGUCGACGAUAGCGUGGCCGCGACGCACCCGCGUUAUCCCGAUACCGAGGACUGCCAGUAUUUUUAUGUCUGCGUCAACGGUGAAAUACCGAGGCGAAGCGGAUGCAAGCUCGGCCAGGCGUUCGACGAGCGCACCGGGAAAUGCGAUUGGGCCAGGAAGAUACCCGAAUGCAAAGACUGGUACAAAGAUCAACUGACUGAUGAAGAACUAGAAGCCUUGGAGAAUCCACCGCCGAAACCUAAACCAACUGGUGGACCAAGCAGAAGGAAAAGCAACAGGCCAACCCACCAGUAGAAUAUUAUAUUCCUAGAUUAUUUGUAUAGGUCUUUAGGUCCCUUUAUUUUGGAAAACCGCCCUAUUGUAUAAUAAACUUAUCUUUUUACUAGAA